AACCGCACAUGAUUUGUUGUUCUCGUCCAACAAACAAUGAUGCUGCUUUCCCUCCAACAACAACUUGUUACUCGGUAUAAUAAGUCACUCUCUUUCCCCCUGAAAGCUGGAAGAGUGUUCCGUCCGUUUAUCUACACGCCAGGCAAGCGUUGGGUGCCAUUGGUUUCAUUUCGCGUGCCCCUGGCUAGCCACACGCCCACGUCCACGUCCACGUCCACGUCCACGUCCACGUCCACGCCCACACUCCACACUCCGCCGACGUGGAGCGAUGCGUUGUCGGACGCGGCACUGCGAAUCAUAUCCACUCCAAGCACAAGUAAAAAUAUUGUCCGACCGACCUUGAGGCCCUGCAUAAGAUAAGCUGCAUCGGCCUCGUGUAUAAGCGACACACUUGUCCUUUCAGCCUCGCCGGCACCAACACCCCUCGUCCUCCUACAGUCUUGUU